CCUACCUGGCAUUAUUGGACCUGUAAUAAACCAGUUUUAAAGGACGAGUUAUCUACCUAAAUCUUUAGUCAGUCAAAUACUUCUCGAAGUAAUGCUGUUAUAAUUGGACGUUACAUAUUCUUCAAUGGCUCUGCAGGAUUCACAUUUGCUGACGGACAGACGGAGGGAAUUCCUAUAGUGUCCGGGUGUUUCACCAGUAGGGGUCUAAAAACAAGAACAACUUUCCAAUAAAAAGUCAUGAUCAAAGUAUAGAUGUGUAAAUUGCUUAUACGUACACACAAAUAGAUACUAGCAGACAAAUAUAUGGGUAUUAAGGACAAAACGUGAAAAAAGGAAACAUUGGGCACCGCCUUGCAAAGUGACCAAAUGUAUAUUUGCUGCGAAGACGAAUCAAACUGCUAGAAAUGCUAAGGUGACAAUACAGGAAUGGCGACGGCUCUUAGGGACACUAUUAGAUAAGACUGAGAGUCCAACAUCAAAAUAUGGAAAAGAAACUGCCGAUGGAUUCAUCUAACCAAGGUACACAAUUGGAGCAGGACUUAAGAGCUGAAAGCUCGGACAAUUUAGACAAGAAAACAAAUGAAAAAAAUAGGUCAAACAUUUUAUUAAUUGGUGCAAUUGAUUUCGGGACAACUUAUUCGGGAUGGGGUUGUUCGUUUGUAAACGACCUUGAAAUAAACAAAACCAAAGCUAUGGUUAAGCUAUGGCAACAUGAAGACUCGCCGGCAACAGAAAAGACUCCAACUUGUGUAUUAAUCAGGCCAGACGGAGAAACACUGGAAGCAUUCGGAUAUGAAGCAGAGAGUAGGUACAGGGAGCUGACGGAUGAAAAAAUAAACACACACUAUUUUUAUUUCAAGAGAUUCAAAAUGGCGCUUCACAAAGAAGUAGGAGAGAAAAUUCAACGUUGUUCCCUACUUGAAGAUAUACUGGGUCGUCAACUCCCUGCGUCAAAAGUGUUUACAUUAUCAAUCAAGUUUAUGGUGGAUGACAUGCUCCAAUACCUUGGAAAAACGGUGGCCGGUCAAAAAUUAAAAGCAACAAAUAUUCAAUGGGUCUUGACUGUUCCGGCGAUAUGGACUGAAGGAGCAAAACAAUUCAUGAGAGAAGCUGCAGUUGCGGCUGGUAUCGACGAUGAUAAACUAUGUAUAGCCUUGGAACCAGAAGCAGCGUCCAUUUACUGCAGAUAUCUUUCAGUUGAAACUUCUGUUAACAGUACUGAGUUAACACUGCAGAGGUUUAGGGAAGGAAAACGAUACAUGGUUGUUGAUGCCGGCGGUGGAACGGUAGACAUUAAUGUUCACGAAGUCGACAAACAUGGACUCAUACGUGAAAUUUGUUCUCCAUGCGGAUGUUGCUGGGGCGGUACAAAAGUUGAUACGGAGUUUAGAAUCUUUUUAGAAACUAUUUUCGGACGUACCGCCUACCAAGAAUUUGCCAAAGAUGCGACUGCUGAUUUCUUAGAACUAUGGAAUGAUUUUGACCGGAAGAAACGCCUUGUCAAUCCUAACAAAAACACGCGUAUUAUUAUGAAUUUUCCGUCUUCACUUUUGUUAAAACUGAAUGCACCGUUGUCAAAAGUAAUUGAACUCUCAGGGUACAACGGAGAAGUCGAGUUCAGUAAUGGUAAAUUAAAAUGCUCAGCCGACGUAUUUAAGUCUUUUUACCGGGAACCAAUUUUGCAGAUAACAGAUCAAAUGAUUGAAAUUGUGAAGAACAAACUAGAUGUGAAUAUCAUCCUACUAGUAGGUGGGUUUGCUGAAUCCCCAGUACUACAAUAUGGUAUAAAGUCUGUAUUUCCAGGUUUUGAUGUCGUGAUUCCAGUUGGAGCAUCUUCAAGUAUACUUAGAGGAGCAAUUAUUUACGGAUUUAAGCAAAAUUUGAUUGCACAACGUGUCCUACAAUACACGUAUGGAGUGAAAAUUGAAUCUCCUUUUGUAGAAGGAGUACAUCCACCUGCAAAGAAAUUUUUCAGAUAUUACGGAGCGCGCUGUAAGGAUAUAUUCGAUACGCACGUAGAGAAAGGACAAAUAGUGGAGACAGGGAAAUCUAUGGUGCUCAGAACAUACUACCCAGCUGCCGCGGGUCAAACUGCAAUUACGUUUCCGGUGUAUGCAUCAGAACUCCAGAAUCCAACAUUUGUUGAUGAGGGAUGCAGUUAUGCUGGUGAGUUAAAAAUUGAAUUUGGCGACAAAGGCAUUGAACUGGAUAGAGCAAUACGGGUGUCUCUUACAUUCAGUGGUACUGAAAUACAUGUUUCGGCCGAAGAUAUGGAGGACGGAGCAAAAUACAAAGCUCGUAUUGAUUUUUUAGGCUAAAUAUUUACACAUGUAAACUGCUUUUUUUAUUUGUGAUAUAUUGUACUAUACAACGCAUUACAAAUUAUUUAUUAAUAUAUUAUGGAAAUCAUUUUAACUUAAAAUUGAUAUGUUGAUGUAUUAUGUUGAUUGAAUAUUGGUAUGCAUUUCAUAUUUAAAUUUUUUUCAUAAUGUUAGGAAAAUCCGCUAAUCUUAACAUGCCUUUUAGGGGCUUUCAAGUUGUGGGGUCUUGUGGGAUUUUUACAGAACAAAGUCCUACUGGUAUAGCUGGGAAAAAGCAAUUUAGAUUUAAUAUAUUGAAAAGAAUUUUGAGUGAAACAUCACUUAAAAAUAUUCUCACCACCCAACACUACACCCCGCCAUUAUAUCCGGCGAGCAUAUUUUUCAAUAGCCCUAAGUUUAACCCUGCUAAGUGCUCUAUCCGCCCUCAAAGGGUUGUUAUCUGAUGACAUGUCUUAAUUAUGUCAAAAUAAUAUUAGAAUUGAUUUACAUGAACGAUUUAAAGUAAUUGUCUAUACUGUUAUCAUGAUUGUUGCUGACUGAAUAAAAUCUGGAAACACCGAGAACAAGGAAUACAGUGAAAAUUGCAGACUCGGUUUGACUGAGUCUGUUCAUUAGGAGUAAUGGAAAAUUUAACACUGUCCACGCUUCCUAGCACCGGCUAUAGCAUUAUUAAAUCUUCAAAUCUAAAUUAAUUGAAGUCCAAGAUCCUGAAAGGACCAGGAAAUAUAUAAACACUGAGAAGAGCGACCUUUUCUCCGGCCGCAAAAUUCCAAUAAAAAGGUAGAAAUCAGUCAUUGACCAUCUUCCAUUUGGCUUAUCUUUUUGUUUUUAUAUUUUAGACUUCUUUUACAUCUUCUUUGUUUUACAUGAUUUGAAAAUAAAGGUUAACAUGUAUAAAAUAUUUA